AUGAAACAAGCCGUACAGCAAGGGAAGACUUCCGCUCCUGCUGAUUUGCGGUAUUUGAAGAAACCGCAUUCCAAGGUAGACCAAUCGCAGCGUUCGAGUGUGGUUAGCUUCCUUGGCCACCUAUACAACAGCGUAGCGGAAACGUUACCAGACUUUCGAGAUGAUGUUGAGAGCGCCAAAGCCGAUGUAGAACUGGUGGCUGUGAAUCAGGGUUCAGACGAUGAGGAUGCCUAUGGGGACUUGAUUCAAGUGCGCGCUGAGAGCGCCAACGAGAGCCAGGCAAAACGAUCCAAAGAGCGGAGAAUGCGUGGCUGCGUGGAGCUGAAUGUGGCACGGAAGCCGGGGGUUGGCAAAGAGUUCCAGAGGCUGAUGAGGCCUCGUGCCCAUGUGGUGGGGUGCCUGGUCCACGGCUACAUGGUAGCAUUCGCAGUGACAGAGCCAGACUUGCCCAAGGACAGCGCAACUCACUGUGAGCUUAUCGCCCACAUCCUGACAAAGUUAGCUCAGCAAGGGGUGGUGCUUUCUGAAGUAAGCUUCACACUCCAAUGUGAUAAUACCCCUCGAGAAUGUAAGAACGGGAUCGUCAUGGCCUUCCUAACUUCGCUGGUGAGCCGGGGAAUCAUUCGGGAGGCCACAUUGUCCUCACUACGCACAGGUCACAGUCAUGAGGACAUAGACCAAACAUUUGGUCGACUCGCUUCCUUCAUGAUUUCCCACAGUGCUCAAACACCCAUCGACUUCGUGCACGUUAUCCAAGCUUUCCUCCAACAGUCUGACUUUCCUUUUGAGCCUGCAGCCCACCGAUGGGCUUUCAAGAUGGACCAAACCAGGGAUUGGAAACCCUUCCUGCAAGCUGCUGUGCCAGUGCACCUCAAAGGCAUCGGAGGUAGCGGCGCCCCUCAUGUCUUCAGAUUUCAAAGAAGGUCGAAUUGCGGCCACUGA